UCCCGCCGCUCCGGGAGGAUGGUGGGAGCGAGAUGAAUCCCGAGCUGCAGACAGCCCCGGCCCGGGAGGAAGAAGAGGAAGGGGAGGAGGAGGAGGAGGAGGAGACGGCGGCGGUGCUGGCGGUGAGGGAGGGCGGCGGUGCCGCCGGGCAAGGCGGCUGCAUCAUGCUGAUGAAGAGGGUCGGCCUGAAGGCGAGCAGCAGCGGCACGCAACAUGGUAUUAGUCGGCCAAGUGUGUACCAUGCGGUGGUGGUCAUAUUUCUAGAAUUCUUUGCCUGGGGGCUCUUGACAACUCCAAUGCUAACAGUCUUACAUGAAACAUUUUCCCAUCAUACAUUUUUAAUGAAUGGUCUUAUUCAGGGUGUUAAGGGCUUUUUUUCUUUUCUUAGUGCUCCGCUAAUUGGUGCUCUAUCAGAUGCAUGGGGAAGAAAAUAUUUUCUUCUUAUUACGGUUUUCUUCACUUGUGCCCCAAUUCCAUUAAUGAGAAUAAGCCCAUGGUGGUACUUUGCCAUGAUUUCGGUGUCUGGAAUCUUUUCUGUUACCUUUUCUGUAAUAUUUGCCUAUGUAGCUGAUGUAACACAAGAACAUGAAAGAAUUACAGCCUAUGGACUGGUAUCUGCCACUUUUGCAGCAAGUUUGGUAAUUAGUCCUGCCAUUGGAGCAUACUUGUCUGCCAGCUAUGGAGAUAACCUUGUCGUGCUAGUGGCUACAUUGGUGGCAGCCGUGGACAUCUGCUUCAUUCUGCUAGCUGUACCUGAAUCUUUGCCAGAAAAAAUAAGACCUGCUUCGUGGGGAGCUUCUAUAUCAUGGGAACAAGCAGAUCUUUUCGCAUCUUUGAAGAAGGUUAGAAAAGAUUCUACAGUUCUCCUGAUAUGUGUUACAGUGUUUCUCUCCUAUCUGCCUGAGGCUGGCCAGUAUUCCAGCUUUUUUCUGUACUUGCGACAGAUUAUAGGUUUUGGAUCUGCCAGCAUUGCAGCAUUUAUCGCUGUGGUAGGCAUUCUGUCUAUAAUAGCUCAGACUGUGUUUCUUGGUAUCUUGAUGAGGUCUAUAGGGAACAAAAAUACGGUUCUCCUUGGCCUUGGCUUUCAAAUCCUUCAGUUGGCUUGGUAUGGUUUUGGAUCUCAGUCUUGGAUGAUAUGGGUAGCAGGAGGUAUAGCAGCAAUGUCAAGCAUUACAUUCCCGGCAAUUGGCGCUCUGGUUUCACGAAAUGCAGAGUCAGACCAACAAGGUGUUGUCCAAGGAAUAAUAACUGGAGUAAGAGGUCUGUGCAAUGGCCUGGGACCAGCACUGUAUGGCUUUAUUUUCUUUCUGUUUCAUGUGGAGCUCAGUGAAUUGCCACCUGAUCAGACUUCUGGAAAAAAAGCAAUGCAAGAUCCCAAUGAUGAGAGAGCAAUCAUUCCUGGUCCACCCUUCCUGGUUGGAGCAUGCAUUGUUCUUCUGGCUUUCCUAGUUGCCUUAUUUAUUCCUGAGCACAGCAAAACCAGCAGUACCAGAAAACACAGCAGCAGCAGCAAUACUCUGGGAAUCAGCCUAGACCGAAGCAGUGAGGAGGACAUUGAACCAUUACUGCAAGACAGCAGUGUGUGAAAGCUGCUUUUGAGAAGACUGUGGAAAAAAUUUGUGCACUGAACUGCAGCUUUGAAAGCUUGCUGGGAUGUGCAGAGAUCUAGCCCUGAAAAGAAGGCAGCUUCCCAUGUGACAGGGGAACAUCACAUGCGGUAUGAUACUUAAGGUUGAUACUAUACCUGCAGGAGGGUUUGUUUAGCAUAGUGGAUCACAGCUGGGUGUGACUCAACCCAGUAUUGGACUGCAAAUGCUAUGUCAAUUCCUGGUAUUGCAGAAACGCAAAUAUUUAAUUUUGCUUACAUCGUAAUUUUUUUUUUCUUUUUUUUUUAAAGUUUGAAUGUUCUGUUCCUGGAGUUGUGUGCAGAAUAACCAGUUUUGAGGCACAAUGGUUUCUGCCACCGCUGGUAAAGGUGGUUUUGUGCCUCUUAUGCCUUUUGUCUGCAUGUAUACCACAUAUAAUCCUCACAAUGUGAGUGGGACUGAUCAUACAGUUCUGGUAUCUGAAACAGUGGUUAUCAAUAAAAGUAAUACAAUUUCUGGAGAUACAUUCUCAAGUAUUAUUAGGUGAAAAGAAGUCCAGAAGCUACAAGAAAGCAAUAAUGAAACUGAGAUAACUUUUGAGGAUAUAUGAUCACACGUGACAGUCAUUACCCAUAAAUGAAGGUCAUACUGAAGUCUUAAACCCACAUUCCAGAACAGUCAGUUCUGAGCAGUUAAAGCAAAUCCAGAUGGCACCUGAGAGCACUGGUCACAUUAACGUUUUCCUGAUUAAAAAGACACAUAGAAUUUUAACUAUAAAAUUAGCGGCAUCAGAAAUACGGAAACUUCUGGCAUCCAAGGUAGGAGAAACAGUGGAUGCCAGAAUAGUUUACAUCAAGAAAUAUGUAUAUUUAUUGCAUUUUGUCACUUUAUUUGCCAUAUGAAAUGCUUCCUAUUAAUUCUUUUCACCCCUGCCUUAACUGUCAUUUAUUGUUUAGCCUUCAUAUCACUGUCUUACCUGCUGGAUCUCAUGGGUAUAUUCAUAUUAAAUUUCCUUUCAAAAAGAGGCUUUAAAAGAGUUAUGAAUGUGUACAAAUGUUCUAAUUUUUAAAGACAUUUUAUGAAAAAGAGAUUUAUAUGUAUUUUGUUGCAAUGUAAAUGGACCAUUAAACCCAACAUUAAUGAAGUACUCCUAUGAAUGUUUUAUAUGUAUGCAAUGUAUGUAGAUAUUUGUAAGGAGUUUUAAUUUUUCCAGAUGGGGUGCUGUGUAAAUCAAGUAUUUAUAAAUUUAAUGAGGGUACUGACAGAUAUACAGUUUUUUAAAAGGAUUGUGUAUUGACUGAACAAAUCUAAGAAUAUAUAUUUUGAAACUUGUUCCACAUAGAGCAGAGAUAACAUUUUGUACUAUACAGUUAGGUUUUAAAGUUAAUAAGCUUCCUAAUACAUAAUAAAUCUACAGUUUAAGCUUU